ACAAAAGCAAAAAAUUCAAACACAGACACGUAACCCACACUGUACACUCUCUGGAUUCUCAUUAGCGUUAGGGUUUCGAAUUUCAGUGCCAAAUUUCCCAUCUGAAUUCUAAGAAGGGUUAGGGUUUCAAGUUUCAAUCCCAAAUUUUCACAAAUGCGACCUAAUUGUUGUCACAUUUCCUUGGCAUUCGUGCUCAAAUUCUUCAACUUUCUUCAAGCUUUCAUUGGGGUUUCGAUCAUAGUCUACUCAGUAUGGAUGCUCAACCAGUGGAACGACCACGUUCCCAUAUCUCCACCACCACCACUACCACCUUCAGCUCCGUCCCCAGCUUCUUCUCUGUCCCUUUUCUUGAGUUCUGAGCCAGCUAGGGUUUCCAACCACAUCCCAACCGUCGAUCUCCCGUCCGAUAUGGUCUCCGGGUUCGAUGGCGGGUUUGGCUUAGAGGUUGAUUUGAAUUCGUUCCAGCUUCCCGCUCCUUGGUUCAUCUACUCUUUCAUGGGAGUGGGCGUCCUCUUGUGUUGCAUUACUUUGAUAGGUUGCAUUGCUGCUGAAGUAAUUCAUGGCUGCUGUCUGUGUUUUUAUACUGUCCUCAUAACUGUACUCAUACUACUAGAAGCGGCUCUGGUGGCAUUCAUUGCAAUUGAUCGUCAUUGGGAACAGGAUCUUCCAUUUGAUCCGACUGGUGAACUUGAGAGCCUUCGGUCUUUCAUUGAAGUCAAUAUUGAUAUCUGUAAAUGGGUUGGUAUUGCUGUGGUUGUAAUUCAGGCAUUAUCUCUACUACUAUCGAUAAUUCUGCGAGCCAUGGUUUCUACUCGGAGAACUGACUUGGACUGUGAGGAUGACUAUGAUGGUAGAGGUAGAGGUUGGGAGCCACUGUUAAAUUCACAACCAAGCCAACCAGUUGGGUCAAACAAGGGUGAUGUCAGAGGGGCUCAUUCUGACAUCUGGAGCUCACGGAUAAGAGAGAAGUAUGGACUGAGCACGAAUCAGAAUGCAUCAGUGAGCACAAACUCAAGGCAGUGAAGAUCAGAGAAUGUUUUCCAUCUCACAGGGCAGAAAAAGGCCGGCAGCAUACUCUCCUCUUAAGUUGAUACCUGAAUAUAUAUCAUUGAUGUGUAGAUUUUUCACUCUUUUAAAAAAGUUUGUGAUGUAUAUAGUCAUUGAAGGUGUGCUUGGUAACUUGCUAUUGUUGUCUGAGGGAAAGUCUUGAUGACGUGAUUGUUAACAAGAAAAGUGGUUAUGGUUAAUGCUGUGUUUUCA